AUGUCAGACGACAGAAUUAGAAAAGAGGAAGAUGACCAGGACGUCACCUGCCAGCCCCUCCCCCCUUCCCCCUCAUCUGUUGAUGUGGAGACAAUGAUGUCGCUAAGGAGACAGGACCUGGUCUGCAUUGUGUGCUUCGGCAGCUACGACCUGGCCACCAGGUUACCACGGCGACUGCACUGUGGCCACGCAUUCUGCCAGGCAUGUCUGAAACGACUGGAUACAGUGAUCAACGAACAGGUGUGGAUUCCAUGUCCCCAGUGUCGACAGAACACGCCUCGGCCCCGGGGAGGGGCAGCAGGACUGGACCUGGACCUGGCGUCUUUUCUUGGGGUGAAAGCUCAGCAGACCUCCUCCUGCUCCCUGUCCUCCUGGACCUCUGCCCACAGGGAGGGGGCGGGGCCUGCGGACGCCACAGGGGAUGGCAAGCUGUGGUUGGGAAAGGAGGUGACAGACGACAGCUGGUCACAUGGCGGUCUGGCUGAACCACGUUUCCAUCGCUAUGGCAACUGCUGUCCACCAGCAUCCUAUUGGCUGUGCUGCUGGAUGUGCUGCCGGGGGCGUGGCUAA